AAUUUAUUUAUGGUUAAAUACCCUUUUUGGUCCCUCUACUAUAGGAAAAAGCCCCUUUUUAGUCCCUAUACCGAAAAAAUCCCCUUUUUGAUCCUUACUGUUCACAAAUCCGGCCCCUUUUUGGUCCCUCCGUUAAAUUUUGGCUUACAUGGCAUGUUAAGUGUCGGACGGAGAGGUAGGGGAAGGGAUGGGGACGGAUGGCAAGGGAGGGGGAGCGAGGGGAGGCUGUCUCUUUUCUCCUGUUUGGGUUUCCAAAGAGGCAGAGGGGGAGGGAGAUGGAGUGAUUCGGACUCCCUCCAACCACCCUCAAAUCUGCAGAUUUGCAAUCCGUCCGAUUUAGGGGGUUUGGGAGGGAUUUGGGUGACUGUUUAGAUUAAAUUAAAUAUAAUUACAAAAUUAAC